UGAGAGAGUCUCCAUUAAGCAGCGCCAUGCCAAGCUUGACGCUUGACGAAAACGUAUUUUUUGACUCCGCCAUUAAAAUUUCAGAGAAUUUUCCAAAUUUUAUAAGUUCACCGGGAAAUUACUUCAAACGUCGCUCUGAGAUCAAAUCCGAUCCGUUGAAGAAGAAGAAUAGCAAAGUCUGAUCUAUGGCUUUUGGCCGCGACAAUCGUGUAAGGUUCACAGAUUUGAUUUCAGAAGGAAACACAGAGUAUGGUUACGGAAGCAAAGCAAGACCAUCUCUAAACUCUGUUUUGAAUAAUGUUCGUAGAGGGUUUGAGAAAAGUUCAGAUAAAUUCAGGACUUUUAAGAAACCAUCAAGUAGUUUCGGUGGUUUACAUAAGAAGAGAGAUUCUUCUAACACUACUACUACUACAGAGAAGAACAUCAUAAACCCACAAGGCUCUUUCUUGCAGAACUGGAACAAAAUAUUUCUCUUUGCUUCAGUGAUUGCUUUGGCGAUUGAUCCAUUGUUUUUCUAUAUUCCUAUCGUUGAUGGAGAGAGGCACUGUCUUAAUUUGCACCACAACUUGGAGAUAGCUGCAAGUGUGCUUCGAACGUUUAUAGAUGCCUUUUACAUCAUUCACAUUGUGUUUCAGUUUAGAACUGCUUAUAUCUCUCCUUCUUCCCGUGUUUUUGGAAGAGGCGAGUUGGUCGAUGAUCCCAAAGCGAUAGCCAUCAAGUACCUUUCUUCAUACUUCAUCAUCGAUGUUCUUUCUAUCCUUCCACUCCCACAGCUUGUAGUGUUAGCUGUGAUCCCCAAUGUCAACAAGCCGGUCUCUUUGAUCACUAAGGACUACCUGGUUACUGUCAUAUUUACUCAAGACAUCCCUAGGAUUCUUCGUAUAUUUCCACUUUACAGUGAAGUUACAAGAACAUCUGGUAUAGAUACUGAAACAGCUUGGGCUGGAGCUGCUUGGAACCUAUCUCUCUAUAUGUUAGCCAGUCAUGUGUUUGGAGCCUUAUGGUACUUGAUAUCAGUAGAACGAGAAGACAGAUGCUGGCGUGAAGCUUGCGAGAAGAGACCAGAAGUGUGUACCUUUAGAUUUCUCUACUGUGAUAGAAACAGAACUGUUAAAAACGAUUUCUUGACUACCUCAUGCCCGUUUAUCAACCCUGAUGAUAUAACAAACUCAACGGUCUUCAACUUUGGCAUCUUCACUGAUGCUUUAAAAAGUGGUAUUGUUGAAUCAGAUGACUUCUGGAAGAAAUUUUUCUACUGCUUCUGGUGGGGUCUGCGUAAUUUAAGUGCAUUGGGGCAAAAUCUCAAUACGAGCAAAUUCGUUGGGGAAAUCAUAUUUGCUGUAUCAAUUUGCAUAUCUGGACUAGUCUUAUUUGCACUACUUAUUGGCAAUAUGCAGAAAUACUUGGAGUCGACAACAGUUAGGGAAGAGGAGAUGAGAGUGAGAAAAAGAGAUGCAGAGCAGUGGAUGUCUCACCGUAUGUUACCAGAUGACCUGAGGAAACGUAUCAGAAGGUAUGAGCAAUAUAAAUGGCAAGAAACUAGAGGAGUUGAAGAAGAAAACCUUCUUCGUAAUCUCCCCAAAGACCUCAGGAGAGACAUCAAACGCCAUUUUUGCCUCGAUCUCCUCAAGAAAGUACCUCUCUUCGAGAUAAUGGAUGAGCAAUUGCUAGAUGCCGUGUGCGACAAGCUAAAACCUGUGCUCUACACGGAAAACAGCUAUGCGAUUAGAGAAGGAGACCCAGUGGAGGAGAUGUUGUUUGUUAUGAGGGGAAAACUGAUGAGCGCCACCACUAACGGUGGCCGGACUGGCUUCUUUAAUGCGGUGUACCUUAAGGCUAGUGACUUUUGCGGCGAAGAUCUUCUCACUUGGGCAUUGGAUCCUCAGUCUUCGUCUCAUUUUCCGAUCUCGACGAGAACAGUUCAAGCUUUAACCGAAGUAGAAGCCUUUGCGCUUGCAGCAGAUGAUCUCAAGCUCGUGGCUUCGCAAUUCAGACGACUACAUAGCAAACAGCUUCAACAUACUUUCAGGUUUUAUUCGGUACAAUGGAGAACUUGGGGCGCGUCUUUCAUUCAAGCAGCAUGGAGGAGGCAUUGCCGGAGGAAACUUGCCAGGUCAUUAACCGCAGAAGAAGAUCGAUUCCGAAACGCGAUCGCCCUGCGCGAACGUGAACGUGAUGCAGCUUCUUCGUCGAGCCUGGUUGCAACGUUAUACGCGUCGCGGUUCGCUUCAAACGCGCUUCGCAAUCUGCGUACUAAUAACAACCUGCCUUUGCUUCCUCCUAAACCAUCCGAGCCCGAUUUUAGUGCCACUCAUCUUGGGGACCCUUAAAAAUACUCUUACACAUGUCCCAGCCACUUGUAUAUGUGAACGUUAAAGUUUAAACUAGAGUGAAAUUACCAAAACUUAGAAUUGAGAACUGGCGGCUUGUAUCAUUAUCCCCUUGUCGGUAUGGCGGUCUAAGGACCUCGAAACCAUUGUAAGCCCCAAUAUAUUGCUUUCGAGAGCUUUGCAUGAAAGGCACAUGUACUUGUCUGCUAUUGACAAGGUGAAAAGGUUGGUGUUGCGUCAUUGACUUAUGGCAUUUGUUUCUCUAGGCUCUUUUAAAGUACAAGGCGUUUUCAUAAAUCCAGAAGGUUUCUUUUGUAACAGAUCCUUUAGGAAGAAUGUUUUUGAUGA